CUAUUGAUAACUUAAUUGACCUUAAGAAUGCCAUUACCAUUCAUAUGAUAUUACAAGACAAAAAUCAAAGAGAAGACUAAUGGUUGGUGGUUCUCUUAAACAAGGCCAUAAAGGGCACAAUUAAAUUUUCCACUGGCAGAUGAUGUGCUACUAAUACUCACAUUCCACAUCAUUCUUCACCAUUUUACUUGUAAGCUAGCUCCCUCUUCCUCAUCACAGCUAGAUUUCUUCACUUCCAGCAACAUUCAUGGCUACUACCUUCAAAAAGUUCUCUGGUUCUUCUUCUUCUUCUGCUGCUGCUGCUGCUGUGUCUCUAGUUAUCCUCUUCUCUAAUUUGCUUGCUCUUUCUAGUGAGCAUAUGAUUGCAGCUUCUCCAGCAGUUUUGCCAUAUGUAACUGCACCCAAUAUUUCUUCUUUUUUUCCUACUCCAACAAACGACACCCAGUGGCCUCUAAGUUCUGCAGAUCCUCCAAGAUCAGAAGCAUUAGAACCUGUGCCCAAUUCAGGAGAAGAGUGCCAAGAUUACUAGUACAAUGGUAAUGCCAGCAGCAGGAUGGAGCUGAAUUAGCACAAUUAAGCUCUGUGCAAAUUGUGGCAAGUAGAUUGAAAUAAAAAUAUCUGAGAGAACUGUAUAAAGCUUUGUUUAUUUAAAAUGAAAACAAAUUUGG